AUGGCGGUCGCCGAUCCAAUCGUAGCGUGGCUGCAGCCGUACGCCGACAAGUACGGCAUGCACCACCUGCCUACCCACGUGCCCACGCUCAUCCGCUCUACUCUGCUCUGGUUUGCCAUCCAGACGCUCUCCUCGCAGCUCUCGCCCCGUCUCUUCCCCAAGACGUUCGCCAAGUUCAACCGCAAGACGCGCAUCAGCUGGGACAUCCAUGUCGUCUCGUUCGUGCAUGCAGCGAUCAUCACGCCGCUGGCGGCUGCCGUGUGGUACAAGGCGCGCCAGACCAAUGCGCUCGGCUUCAAGACGCAUCCGCUUGCCAUCGACCGUUUGUACGGAUACGACCACGAGACCGCCUCUGUCUACGCCAUCGCCCAGGGCUAUUUCGUCUGGGAUUCGAUCGUCUCGAUCCUCCACGAAGGUCCCGGCUUCAUCGCCCACGGCCUCGUCGCCCUCAUCGCCUUCACCCUCGUCUACCACCCCAUCUUCAUGUACGACGGCAUGGGUUUCUUGCUCUGGGAACUGUCCACCCCGUUCUUGAACAUCCACUGGUUCCUCGACAAGCUCGGCAAGACCGGCUCCAAGUGGCAGCUCAUCAACGCCGUCUUCCUGCUCUCGGCGUAUGUGGGAGCUAGGUUGACCUUUGGCGUCUACAACAGCUUCAGCUUCUUCAAGUUUGUCGUGGCCCCUCCCAAGCCGCACCACCCACCCAUUCCGAACCAUUUGAAGACGUUCUACAUGGUCGGAAACGUCAUUCUGAACAGUCUCAACUUUUUCUGGUUCCGAGCCAUGGUUAGGGCCGUGAUGAAGAGGUUCACGGUCAAGCCGGAGUCGAACGGAAAGGUGGAUCCCAAGAAGGUGGUGAGGGGGGAGCAGAAGGUGAAGGUGGGUGUGGAGGGCAAGGACGAUGAGGAAUUUUGGCAGGAGGCGGGCGCUGAGAAGAGGGGCAAGGCCCAGUAG